GCCUGGGCACUAAGAUCCAUUCUCAAUGGCCUUUUCUGGGAACCUGUCCGCAAAAGAAAAAAAAAGGAGACUUGCAAGAAUUCAAGAAGAGACCGAGAUAAGGCCUCCAAGCCAAAGCCAAGAAAAUGACACUGAACAGAAGAAAUUGAAGACCAGUGAGCCUGCCACGGAGGGGAAACAACCAAGUUUUAUAAAAGAAAGAUUGAAGUUUUUUGAAACAUUGAAGACAGAACAUCAGCUUUUGUCUGCUACUUAUGAAAAAAAGAACACAAGCAAUGCGAUUACAGUGAGAAUGGCUGAUGGGAAAACAGUGGAAGGGGAAGGUUGGAAAACAACACCUUAUCAAUUGGCGGCUGAAAUUAGUCAAGAACUGGCUGAAAACACAGUAAUUGCUAAAGUGAAUGGUGAAUUAUGGGACCUGGACCGUCCAUUAGAAGGAGAUUCCACUGUAGAGCUGCUGACGUUUGAGAAUGAGGAAGCUCAAGCUGUGUACUGGCACUCCAGUGCGCACGUUCUUGGAGAGGCCAUGGAACUCUACUACGGAGGCCACCUGUGCUAUGGCCCACCCGUUGAAAAUGGAUUUUAUUAUGACAUGUUCAUCGAAGACAGAGCAGUGUCCAGCACUGAGCUGUCAGCCCUGGAGAACAUGUGUAAAGCCAUCAUAAAAGAAAAGCAGCCUUUUGAAAGACUGGAAGUCAGCAAGAACACCCUGCUGGAGAUGUUUAAGUACAAUAAGUUUAAAUGCAGGAUUCUGGAGGAGAAGGUCAACACCCCAACCACCACCAUUUACAGGUGUGGUCCACUAAUUGACCUUUGUAAAGGCCCCCAUGUAAGACACACUGGAAAAAUUAAAGCCAUAAAAAUUUUCAAGAACUCCUCAACAUAUUGGGAAGGCAACCCUGAAAUGGAAACAUUGCAAAGGAUCUAUGGGAUAUCCUUUCCUGAUAACAAAAUGAUGAAAACCUGGGAAAAGUUCCAAGAGGAAGCCAAGAACCGAGACCACAGGAAAAUCGGGAAGGAACAAGAGCUUUUCUUUUUCCAUGAUCUGAGUCCUGGAAGCUGUUUUUUUCUUCCCAGAGGAGCCUUCAUUUAUAAUACACUUAUGGAUUUCAUACGAGAGGAGUAUCACAAGCGUAACUUCACGGAAGUUCUGUCUCCCAAUAUGUACAACAGUAAACUCUGGGAAGCCUCAGGCCACUGGCAGCAUUAUAGUGAGAACAUGUUCACCUUCGAGGUUGAAAAGGACACUUUUGCCCUCAAACCCAUGAACUGUCCAGGGCACUGUCUGAUGUUUGCCCAUCGCCCUCGAUCCUGGAGGGAAAUGCCUAUUAGAUUUGCUGAUUUUGGAGUUCUUCACAGAAAUGAGUUGUCGGGGACUCUAAGUGGCUUAACUCGAGUCCGGCGCUUCCAGCAGGAUGACGCGCACAUCUUCUGCAUGGUGGACCAGAUUGAAGAAGAAAUAAAAGGGUGUUUACAGUUUUUACAAUCUGUCUACUCAACAUUUGGCUUCUCUUUUCAAUUAAACCUGUCGACUAGGCCUGAAAACUUCCUAGGAGAGAUUGAGAUUUGGGAUGAAGCUGAGAAGCAACUGCAGAAUAGCUUGAUGGAAUUUGGAAAACCAUGGAAAAUGAACCCAGGAGAUGGAGCAUUCUAUGGCCCUAAAAUUGAUAUAAAAAUCAAGGAUGCUAUUGGAAGAUACCAUCAGUGUGCUACCAUUCAGCUGGACUUCCAAUUGCCCAUUAGGUUUAAUCUCACAUAUGUUAGUAAGGAUGGAGAUGAUAAGAUGAGACCUGUGAUCAUUCAUCGAGCUGUGUUGGGAUCAGUGGAAAGAAUGAUAGCUAUUCUCUCAGAAAACUAUGGGGGAAAAUGGCCUCUCUGGCUGUCUCCUCGUCAGAUAAUGGUCAUUCCUGUGGGGCCAACUUGUGAACAUUAUGCACUUCAGGUAUCCAAUGCAUUUUUUGAAGAAGGAUUUAUGACUGAUGUGGAUUUAGAUGACAGCUGUACACUAAAUAAGAAAAUUAGAAAUGCACAACUGGCUCAAUAUAAUUUUAUUUUGGUGGUUGGAGAAAAGGAAAAGAUAAAUAAUGCUGUAAAUGUCCGGACAAGAAACAACAAAAUUCAUGGUGAGAUCUCAAUAGCUUCUGCCAUUGAUAAACUGAAGAACCUGAAGAGCUCUCGUACACUCAGUGCUGAGGAAGACUUCUAAAGUCCUUUCCUUUUACUUCUCAAUAACUUUGUUUUGACCUUUGGCAUGUAUUAUUCUAAGUCAUUUAAGAUGUUAGCACUUCUAAGAAUUUUGGGCCCACUGACAGGGGUCUACUUAUGGGUUUAUUUGAGAAAGGAAGAAUGAUAUAUACAUAAUUUGCUUAUGUAUACAUAAUUUAAUUCACUAAUGUGUUCUGAGUGUGAUAAUAGGAGAAGCUUGGGAAAUUUUUAAACAAUCCAUGACGUCAGAGACCUCAGUAGCAAAAUGUUAUUCAUUCAAAGGGGAAACACUAGUAAGUGAGGAUUAAGAAAAAUUAUUACUAAGGUCUGUUCUUUUUCAAAAUAGAGGCUUCAGAGCUGGUUAUGCUGCUCCAUGGAAGAACACUUGCCUAGCAUGCAUGAGGCCCUGGGUUCCAUCCCCACCCCACCCUCAAAGUAUGGACUUCAGAUAAAAGUCCAGCAUCCUUUUUGAAUAUGGGAGGGGGAUCUUAUUUUAUAAUAUGUCUCAGGUAUUUUUACAGCUGUUUUACUAAAGUUCACCCUGAAACUUUAUGUCCAAAGUUGGAAUCAUUACUUAAUUUAUUUUAACUAGUCAGCAGCAGUAAGAGAAGCACUGAAGAAAUUCAAAGAAAUUCAGUACUGUGUAAUCUGUUAUUUGCACUGUAGGUGAGGAGUUGAAAUUUUCCUGCUUUGGAUUCACAAUUAUGCCUUAUUUAUCUUUAGAAAAAAAAGAUACUGAAUAAAAUACAUCACAUGGUGUUUCCAGUA